AUGGGCGUAUAUUCAAAUUUUAAUCACUCUUUUGUUUAAACUACUAAGCACAUAACAAAAUUAAAAUAUGUCAACCAGAGGAGGAAUCUGUGAUGCUCGUUGCCAAGCAUUUCACACUGCAAUGAUACAAAAAGAAAAAAACACACGUAUUAGAUGGUUUUUGAAGAAUCAACACAAAUUAUUAGAUCAUUUGAGAAAAACGGAGGAAAUUAAACUUCCGUCGAAACAUGAACCAGAAAAACAACCACCCGUGGAUAUUAUACAUUUAAAACCCUUACCAAAUUGGAAACCUCUCGAACCUGAUGGUUCUAUCAAUAUGAACAUAACGAAACCCAUUGAUCCGCAAGUAAGAACUGUUCUGUAUGAAGACGCCCCGAGUUUUGUUAACGCUGAAAGUUAUAUGUCUGAAAGAGUAAAAGACAUUCCUGAAAAUCGCUAUUACUAUCCGGAUUGCACAAGUUGGAUAUACGGAUGGCGCUUAACAGAUUAUCCACAUAUUCCACGAAGUAAAGUUGGACAAACAAAUAUUAUGAUUCGUGAAUUUUAUCAUUCAAAAAUAUCGAGCCUUCACAGGGAUCCAGAAUGGUAUCGCUCUUCGAGAAGAAUAACAUUUAUAUGUGAUGAUAAAAUGAAUUAGUUUCCUAUUAGGCGGAAAUUUAGUCAGGUAACUUUUUACUUCAAAGUGUUUUGUGAAAAUUUUUUACCAAUUGUACUUUUCUAAAAACAGCAAAAUUUUUGUAAGUGAACGUUUUCCUUUAUGAUCUACGAUUAACUAUGAUUCAUUAAUUGUUGCCUUUUUAUCUACUUCUAGUUUUCAUAAAUAAUAAACAAUUUCCUUUCGUUGA